AUGUCAAAAGUUGCGGUGGGCAUUUCGAGACUGCACCAGGUGGAAAUGCCGAAUCUGCAGAUGACACCAAUCUACUGGGCGCCUGUCCACGAUACGGCAGAGGUCAUUAGGGCAACAUGGUUCUACAAGGACACCAUGCUACCGGUGGAAGUGCCUGUAGCAAAUAUGCUGGAAGCCGGCUACAUCGAUUUGCAGUGUUGGACCGAGACAUGGAAGGACGAGCUGAAUAGUGCCGUUGAAGUCGGAGCUAUUGGGGAAAUGAAGAUUGUGCACAAGCUUUGGCCCGAGAAGCCUUCCAAAGCUCCUGUCAGUAGACCUGCGUCUAUCAUUUCUGGCCAGGACCGAAGCAUUCUCGGAGCUGCGACUUCUGUUCUCACCUCCACAGAACCGCCUGAGACGAUUGAACAGCAGCCGCACGGGAAUACCACGUACGGCAGAGCAGGUGCUGUUCGAAACUACGCGACAUGUGGCGUCAUCUACUCGGAUGAGCGCGAGGCGAACAUACUGAAGCCGACACUGCUUCCUUCAUCUUAUUACGGCAGACGUCCUCUUGCAAAUUAUAUUCGCAAAGGACACGCCAUCGGCAUUCCUGUUAUUCGUGGGUUUGAUCAAAGCAUUUGGAACAAGCUUCAUCCUCCCAAAAAGGGAGCCAGAACGACCAAAGCCAAGCAGGGCGUAACAGCAUCGGAGACCGCAGCAGAUUCGACGUCCGCAAGGCCCAAGGCAGAUCCCGAUCUUGCCUGGAGCGAGCGUCCACAUGUCACGGAUUUGGUCCUGGUCGUACAUGGCAUUGGCCAGAAGCUGAGUGAGCGCAUGGAAAGUUUCCAUUUUACACACGCCAUCAAUGCCUUCAGGCGUGAAAUCAUGGUCGAGUGCGGCAACAUAGAGGUGAAGACACAUUUUCGCAAAGACAUGGGCGGGAUCAUGACGCUGCCUAUUAACUGGCGUCAUACUCUCUCCUUCGAGGAGGGUGGAUACCGGCCAGACCAGAGCUCAGAAGCACCAGCAGACCCUACUAUUAAUGAAUUCACCCUGCGAGACAUCACACCUGACACGCUACCAUCUGUCAGAGGUAUAGUGUCAGAUGUCAUGCUGGACAUACCUUACUAUAUGUCGCAUCAUCAGCCGAAGAUGAUUGCCGCAGUAAUCAAAGAGGCGAAUCGCGUCUACAAGCUGUGGUGUCAGAACAAUCCAGGAUUCGCGCAACACGGAAAAGUUCAUAUCAUCGCACACUCGCUGGGAAGUGUUAUGGCCAUCGAUAUUCUAUCAAAGCAGCCAACGAUCGUGCCAUCUCAUCUGGCCGACCCGACUAAACUCGAUCUUGAUGUCGAAGAACCAGAUCACUUUCUCUUCGACACACACAACCUCUUCCUUGCUGGUAGCCCAGCAGGCUUCUUCGUUCUUCUUCGCCGCUCCCAGCUUCGUCCGCGCAUCGACCACCCUUCAGCCGAAGCCCUCGCUGACCCAACCAGCAACACUGCCCGCAUUUGCGGAGAACGAGGCCAGUACGGCUGCAUAUCCGUCGACAACAUCUACAACAUCAUUAAUGGUUACGAUCCUGUGGCAUACCAGGUGAACGCUGCGGUCGACGCAGACUACGCCUCGUCCAUCCGCAAAGCCCACGUGCCUAGCAACACGCCCAGCUACUGGUUUCCUGCCGGCACUUCAAACGCAAGUCGUUGGUUCGGGGGCUAUAGCGUCCAUCCCCCUCCUGGUGCUGCCGUAUCACCAGCCUUCAAUCGUCUGCCGAGCAAUGUCGAACUCGAGAUACAUGACUUCACGCGAGAAGAAAUCGCGGAGAAACGUAUGACGCUGCUAAAUGACAACGGACAAAUUGACUAUUUCGUCAAAUACGGUGGCGGCACAUUUGAGAUUCAAUACUUGACUAUGUUGGGUGCUCAUAGCGCAUAUUGGGGGUUGAAAGAUUUUAUACGCAUGGUUGUUGUCGAGGUAGGCAGGAAGGGCGGUAAGGAUGGGACUUUACCUGGUUUACGAGCUGUCAAGAAGAGAACUCCAAGAGGAAUGGGAGGAGCAGCAACUGUAAAAUGA